UCUUCUCCAAGGGAGUUCUUUGCCCGUCUAUACGGAAAUCUGGAAACGUCGGGUUCCAACGCCACCACAACAGAAACUCCGCGGGUAACCAAGUCAUCGUCGCCCAUAUUAACAUCCGGGGCAAAGUCGCCGAAGACUCCGCCUCCGGGUGCCCGGGAGUCCCCGCGACAGAUGCCCGCUGCCUCCCGGCUGUUCAGCCCCGCAGUUCCUCUGCCCGUGUUCCCCCUGCAGAUACCGGGGUUCUCCUUCCUCCACGGAGCUCCGUCGACAGCUGAGGCCUUUCCAAGCUCGGUGAGCGGGCUGCAUACCCGAGUAGAGGACAUUUCGACACUGCGGCCGCUCCUCACACCUGAGGGACACUUUCCGGCAGGAUUUUCAGCCUUCCUAGCCAGACGUCGUCGAAAAGAGGGACGACCACGGAGGCAGCGGACGACGUUCAGCAACGAACAAACCCUGCGGUUAGAACUGGAGUACCACCGCAGCGAGUACAUCUCACGGAGCAGACGGUUCGAGCUGGCCGAGACCCUCGCGCUCACCGAGACGCAGAUCAAGAUCUGGUUCCAGAACAGGCGAGCCAAGGACAAGCGCCUCGAGAAGGCGCACAUUGACCAGCAGUACAGAAAUCUGGCCUUGGCAAGUGGUCUAACAGCCUUUCCACAGUCGUAUCCCGGGCCUGGAUUCUGUGGUUUGUGUUUAUAUAAAGAUCUGUCGUCUUCAGCCACAGCAACCUCUACAGAUGCAGUAACAUCGCUGGGGAACUGUUUGCCUGCAACGCCACUCGCCACUACCGUCAGCCACCACCACUAUCAUCACCAUCACAGCACAAAUAGCAAUGAUUCUACGUCACAAGAUAGUCAGCUACGAAACGAAACAAGUGAAACGCAACAAAAGAAAAUCUGAACGUUGCUAACGGAAACAAAAAUGUAUUUAAUAUUUUGAAUGUUGUAAUUCCGAGAGUUAAAGGACUGUAAAUGCCAAAAUACGAAAAUUAUUCCACGAAGAAGGUUAUGAGUUCUCUUAACAGUAAUAAAUAAAUUGUCAUUCCUGUAACUCAUAAGAUAUUAGGGGAAAGAUUAAAAAGUUAAGGACAUUGUUGGAAUGUUUUCGUUGUACGACUGGCAAACCUGCUGAAUUUUGGUCAUACUAAAUUUCAAGGUCACACAUUAAUAUGCUGCGAGUGUGUUUGUGCCUAGCCAGUGUGGCGUAAAAAUAUUUAUUUAUACUUUAUUUAACGACGGUUUUACAGUAUCUCAGAUUAUAUGGCGUCAAAUGAGAAAAUGAUAGUGACUAAUGAAUUGGAAAGGAUUUGUAAGGAAGCGGUCGUGGCCUAAUUUAAGUUAUUACCCCGCAUUCUUCAUGUGACCAAAUGGAACUAGCAGACAAUCUGUGCUCUUCUAGAGUUUGCUUUAAACAAAGUCUUCUCUGUCUCCGUCAUGAGGGGUUGAUACCACACAAAUUCUUCAUGAUGGAAGAUACGGAUUUUAACUUACACGGCCUAGCGCUCGAGUAGACCAGUAGUAUUCGUCGUUUUUUGUUCGCGUACCCCCAGAUAUAAUUUCUCUUCAACUUUG